GGGAAAGCUUAUCACACUUGCCACACUUGCUCCAUCACCAGAUAGCACAACACAAUGUCACCAUGUGAGAGAGGCGCCGCGGCCCACGGCGUGUUCCUGAUGUUGAUGGCAGGAAGCGUGGUCCUGGUAGCGGCGACGAGUGGAGCCUCUUCAAUUGAGGUUGAGUGCCACAGCCCCUUCACAGAGGUGGGGGGCCGCUGCGUGCACCUCGACCACAGCGUAUCCGGCACCUGGUUGGAAAUGAGGCGGUUCUGCCAGAUGCUUGGGGGAGACUUGAUCAACCUCGAAGAUGUACAGUUUUACGAAGACAUUCUUACAUACAUACGAGUCUUGGAUCUGCCCAAAGUCCACUUUUGGAUCGGCGCGUCUGAUCUGGAGCAGGAAGGCCACUGGAUGUGGACAGACAGGACGCCUGUCAAGAUGGGCACGCCCUUCUGGGCCAAUUAUGGAGCCGACAAUAUACAGAUGCCUGCAGGAGGAAAAGGACAAAACUGUGCUCUACUCGAUGUGAAUUUGCACUACUACUUCAAUGAUUACGAAUGCGAGAGUUCCACAAAAUGUGCAAUCUGUGAAAAGAUAUACUCAAUAAACCCCACGGCCAGGAAGGACCACACGAACCACUUCAUCUACGCUGGAACCCUGGCCGUGGUAGCGGCGACCCACGUCAAGCCAGGAACUCGACUUAUUCUUACUCUCGGGGAAAAGUUGUGCACGUCUGUCAAGAAGGCUGACCUUCCAGCAAAUGUUAAGAUGGGACUAACCCAGGAAAGACAGCAGCCUGAAGCCAGUCAUUGUGCUGGUGUUCUGCUGUGCCGCGUGACAGCACUGUUGGCCCAAAACGGGGUGCCCAUCCUGGUGGCAGACCCAUCCGUCCACACCCAAGAUGAGAUCACUGUAGAACUGCACGUCUGCAAGAUUGACCAGUUCACCACCCAGACCGUGACAGAAAUUUCGCGAAUCGUGCCACGAGCCGCUGUUGCUGAGUUCAACGUGCACACAGCGGCCUCCUACCUCUGGCUUACUCUUACUCUCGGGGAAAAGUUGUGCACGUCUGUCAAGGAGGCUGACCUUCCAGCAAAUGUUAAGAUGGGACUCACCCAGGAAAGACAGCAGCCUGAAGCCAGUCAUUGUGCUGGUGUUCUGCUGUGCCGCGUGACAGCACUGUGCUGUCACGCGGCACAGCAGAACACCAGCACAAUGACUGGCUUCAGGCUGCUGUCUUUCCUGGGAACCCUGGCCGUGGUGGCGGCGACGGACGUCAAGCCAGUAACGCAGGUGGUCUGCCAGAGUCCCUACACGGAGGUGGCAGGCCGCUGCUUGCAUCUUGAUUACAGCAUCUCAGGCAGUUGGCAAGAUAUGCGCCAGUUCUGUCAGGCGCUCGGGGGUGACUUGAUCAAUCUCUCAGAUAUUACAUUCUAUAGAGACCUUAUGCUGUACUUCAGAGGCUUGGAUCUGCCAAAUGUUCACUUUUGGAUCGGUGCCACAGACGAAGAAAAGGAAGGUUUUUGGGUGUGGACGGACGGAUCACCGGUCACCAUGGGCACUCCUUACUGGGCUAACUUUGGAGACAAUCAUCAGCAAAUGCCUACUGGAGGAACUUCAAAGAACUGCGCCAUGCUUGAUGCAACCUUCCAUUAUUAUUUCAGUUCCUAUUACUGUUCAAACAGCAAAGACGUGCAUCCAAUAUGCGAGCAGUAGCAAGAGAGUGAAACAGUCUUGGUAAUAACCGAGUCUGGCAAUUAUUUUGUCAAUAAUCGUGAACACAAAACGAGCAUAUCAUAUGUACAAAAACGUGUUAGGAAUUUAGGUGUAUUUACUUGCAUAAAUGCAUAAUGUGCUAACACAUCCACCUUCAAUAUGAUAAUUACCCCUGAAGUAUUUAGGAAAAGAUA